AUACAUAUGAUGCGAAUAUAGAGAUAGAUAUUUGUCAUCCGGUCUAUAAUCUUGUCAUCUGAUCAAAUAUUUUCCUUUGUUUUCGAUAUCAAUAUCAAUCGAGGCCAAAAUUAGCAGCAAAUAACAUAUAUGGUGACAGCCGGGGUAGCUAGGUCGGUCCUCCGUUCCGCCGCCAGAUCAUCAUCUAGAAUCGCCGGCGCUGGGGCACGUUCUCCAUUCCGUAUCCCCCCUACUCAAAGGCCAUCCCUGUCUCAUCGUCGCUUCAUUUUCUUCAGGUCACCUGUUGAGCUGAGUUGUGCUGUGGAGUCACUGUUUCCAUUUCACACGGCUACUUCUGCUGCAUUGAUGACUUCAAUGCUUUCAAUUGCUCCUUAUAGCUGUGGAUGGACGAUUGAUGAUUCUUAGCUAAAGGGUUGCUCUUUGAGAUCCAUGUAGGCUAAUUUUCCGUUUUUUUUCUUAAUUUGUUAUUCUACCCGAUGUCUGUUCAGUAGUUUUCUGUUAAGAUUUUGUAUUGCUGUUUGGGUCAUACGAGACCAAAGAUGUGGGGUAGUCCUAAUGAUAUUAAUUUUGUAUUAUUCGGGUAUUCAUUCUUCCCUGA